GCCGACUCCAAAUUGAGUCAAAACUGCCAAACAACUCCCGAUUACAAAUCCCAUUUCUUAAGCAAUUUUCUUGCCCAAACGCCAAUUCCCUCGACAAAAUGGAGAAUCUAUGGCGAGCAGCAACGGGUCAGGACCCGAAUCCGGAUGACUACAAAGGCAUCGAGUUCUGGAUCGACCCCGAACGAGCCGGUUGGCUAACUAAACAAGGCGAUUACAUCAAGACCUGGCGCCGCCGCUGGUUUAUCUUGAAGCAAGGCAAGCUGUUGUGGUUCAAGGACCCGGGUUCCGUCAACCGUGGUUCCUCUCCACGUGGUGUGGUGUCGGUGGGCGGUUGCCUCACGGUCAAGGGAGCCGAGGAUAUUGUGAACAAGGCCUUCGCUUUCGAGCUCUCCACUCGAGAUUCCACCAUGUAUUUUGUCGCGGAUACGGAGAAAGAGAAAGAGGAUUGGAUCAAUUCGAUUGGUCGGUCCAUCGUCCAACAAUCACGAUCCGUUACUGAUUCCGAAGUUGUCGAUUACGAUAGCAAGAGCCAGUGAUUUUACUGAAUUUUUCUUUUAAUUCGAACUUUUCGUUUUUGUAAUAUAAAUUUGGCUUGUAGAAAUCAAAUUACAUACUUGUGCUUGCUUUAAUUUUGUAUGUGCUUUUAUAUUGAGUA